GAGCGAAACAGUGGCAUCAUUUUGCAUUUUAUUUUGGAUGUGCGAUUUUUCGACAAAAUAUUCCGAAUUGCAGUGAUUUUUCCUUAAAAAAAGAAGUAUCACGUGCCAUCCACUAAGAAAUGCCUCCAGUGAAGAACGAGGGUGAAAGCGACGCAGAUGGAGACAUGUCCGGAGGAGAAUCAGAUCAUUCUGCGUCCAGUCGAGCUCCGGAUCAUGAUUCUAGCGCGGAAGAAGCUGACGAACCGGAUUCCGAUGAUUCCUCAGAGAUGAGUGAAAGCGAGUGCGAAAGACGUCGGUCGGACUGUGUGGACAAUCUAACCAAUCUGGAAAAGCAAUUUAUAAUUCUAAAGGAGCAAUUAUACAAGGAAAAAAUGUCUCAGGUCGACCAGCAGCUACUGGAGAUCCGGGGUGGUCGAUCGCAGGAAUAUCUGGCACCGCUGCAACGGUUGGUCGAUAACAUGAACAGUCGGAAGGAAGUAGCGGAAAUCUUGAAGAAUUUCCGGAUAGAAAACAUCCGAAACAAGUUCGAAUCCGAACUGCAGGCAUCUAGGCAACAUUUUGAGAGUGAAAAGCAGCUUGCAAUGGAUGCUAUCUACGAGGAACUGAUGGAGAAAAUCCGACGACUUGAAGAAGACCGCCACAAUGUGGAUAUCUCCUGGGCCGAUUGGGGAACUAGUACACGAACUUCGAAGGUGCGUGGUCCUGGUCGAAAAAAGGCGGUUACCGUUUCUGGUCCAUAUAUUGUAUAUAUGCUGCGCGAAGAAGACAUCCUCGAAGAUUGGACAUCGAUUAGAAAGGCACUGAAACGGUCAACGGCAGCAGCUACCUGAUAUUUAGUAUAGAAUUAAGCAUCACAGCCGUCUAUUUAAUAGUAGAAGAUCUUAUAAAUGAAUGUUUAAUCGUGUUUAAAACUUAAGGUAUUUUAGUUCCAUACAUUAAGUACAUCAGUUUUAGUUCAUCAGUUCGAAAUGAAUGAGCAAAUUUUUCGUUUUUGUAAUGUCCUUAGACGAGUUUGUAUUGCUUUUUGAAUGUGGCAAUAAAAUGAAUACAUU